GGAGAAAGUACCUCAGACUGGAAAAGAAGGAGUGUCGUCAGAGUAAACAAAGCACACAUUCGGACCAUCAAUUCUGGUUUGAGUUGAGUUGCAAAUUUUGAGCCUUAAGAGAUGCAUGAGCUGUUUUGCAUUAGUAAAGUGGAAUGUCGGAGAAUGUGAUAACGCAGUGAAUUAGGGAGUGAUGGGGAAAGAUCAGGAGCUGAUUGAAGCCGCUAGAUCCGGCAAUUAUCCGGGGUGUGAGAAGAUCUUGAGUGCAAAGCCAAAAAAGGCCGGACCUUUUGCCAGUUUACGAAGACCCAACGCCGGGAUUAACAGCCGUGACUCGAGUGGUUACACGGCUCUUCACUACGCCUCGCUUAAUGGGCACAAGCAUAUUGUCGAGUUACUACUCUCAUACGAGGCCAGUUGCAACAGUGCUGACGACAAAGGUUCGAGCCCCCUUCAUUUGGCUUCAUGGGCGGGAUUCAACGAAAUCGUGGUUCUUCUGCUCACCCAUGGGCCCUCUAUUGCCAAUGUGAACUUGACAAACUCUGACCAGGAGACAUCACUUCAUUGUGCGUCUCAGCAUGGUCAUGUGGGAGUGGUUCGCAUCUUGCUGGAACAUGGAGCGGAUCCAAAUAUCAAGAACAGCAAGGAUGAGACAGCCUUGGACUUGGCUUCCCUCUUUGGGCGGAUUGACACGGUUGACACGUUAUUAUCCAGUCACCCAGAGCUCAUAAGUCAUUUCACAGCCUAUGGUGGAACGAUUUACUCUCACACCCCACUCCAUUUGGCAUCCAGAAAUGGGCACAGGGAGGUGGUGGGCAUGAUUCUCAAUGCAGGGUUUGACGUGAAUGUUCGAACCAGCCGUGGCACAGCCUUGACCGAAGCCGCAGUAUGUGGUAAAGUGGAUGUGGUUAAAUGUCUCUUGAGAGCGGAUAUCAAUUUGGAUUUAAGAGAUCAGCAAGAUAAGAGUGUACUGGAGAUCAUGGACGAGCUGAAAACCCCGGUCAGCAAAGAGAUCAUUCACAUUAUCCUAGGUAAGUUCAAAACUUUCAGUCAACUCGAUUGGAUCCUGUGUGCAGGUUCGUUCUUCUGUGGCCUUCAUAUAUUGAUAGACGUUGUUUGCCCUGGGCCCUGUGAUUGCGGCUUUGAUUGACUGCCUACGUAAACACAAAGCACACCCAAGAGUUCUCUCCCCCUUGCCUUACGAACUUACUAGCCGCACAGCAGCACUCUUACGUAGAGUAUAUUGAUCUGGACAGAUAUUUAGAAACGCUAGUGAACGAGCCUUGAUCUAGUCUUGUCAAGA